AUGGGCGGCGCCAGCUUCGGCGAGACGAUCAGCCUCGUGUUCCGCAUCCUGACGGUGGGCCUGUCGCUGGCGUCGGCGAUCAUGACGGCCACCUCGACGCAGUCCAUGUACCGGGACGACGGCAUCCCCGCGGCCACCGUCUCCUACAGCGACUACCACUCCUUGAGGUACGCGGCGCUCGCCAACCUGCUGUCGGCGGUGCUGCAGGGCGUUACGAUCUGCCUGGAGGCGACGAGGAAUCGUAAUGCGGCCCGGAUCGUCGAGCUCAUCGACAACCUCGUGCAGGCUCUCACGUCGACGUCGGCGGCGCUGCUGCUCGCCGUCGACGACAUCACCUCCUGCGGCGGGCCGCCCCGCCGCCGCGGGCCGCGGGGGCAGCGCAACCGCGGCGGCAUCUGCGGCCAGGCCGGCGCGUUCUGCCGGCGGGUCAGCUUGUCGUCAGUGUUGUCCAUCGCCGCGGUCGUGUCCGUCUCCGUCUCCGUGUACACCAGGGACAAACUUUUUAUUAUUGCCAAGAUCGUCCGCUCCACGUUCCUGUUUGGUCAUUUCCUUGCCGUCAUUGCCUCAUCGUCCCUGCAGUCUGCACCUGAUGUCCUGGUCAUGGAGCUGUUGGGUUAA